ACCACAUCCACCUCCCCUAACCUUCUUUAUUUCAUUGUUUGUUUCUUUCUUUCUUUCCCUAGAUUAUACACUAAGCUACUUGUCUCUUUCUUUCCCUAAUCUAUCUAUCUAAACAAAACCCACCAUUUUACAUAUUCUCCAAAUCCAUGUCUACAGAUCUCAAUUCCAAUUCUCCCAUCAUGAUGAUCAUCAUUGAUCAAACGGUCCAAAACCCAUCAUCAAAUCAACACAAAAAACCCAAUAAUCCAAUCUCAUCAGAUCAAUCAAAAAACCAAUCAGAUCAUGUAAAGAAAGAGAUCAUGAUCAAAGAUCAGACGGUGGUGGAUGAUUCAUCAACACCCACAUCUGAUGAGAAUAAGAUCCCGGCCCCACAUAGCCCACCACCUGCGCCGCGUAAGAGAAGAUAUGAUUCAAACAUAGCAUGCAGAAAGAAAUUGGAUUUUAUUGAUCAACAAAAAUACCCACAAUUAAUUAUUCCUAAAGAUGAAGAUCUUCAACAAUUUUUUGCUUCUAGUUUUGAACAAAUUCAAUCUCGUAAGCUACUUAAAAGGAGAUGUUCUUGUAUUUCUUCCUAAAAAAGGCAGUUCGAUAAUCGUAAAAAACGAUACUCCGAUGCAUAAAAGGACAGUCUGAGACACAAAGCGUUCCCCAGAAAAAAAAGGUUUACACAACAACGACAUCUAAACCGGUGCGCUAGACUAUUAAUCAUAUAAAUUUAAAGUUUUUGAUUUGUUUUUUCUUUAAUAUUUGUAUUUAGAUCAAUAUUAUAGUUUUAUUUUAUUUACACGAAUUAGAUUAUUUGAAGUAAUAAUUAAUUAUGAAUGUAACGAUCUCAGUUACUAUAUAUAUUUUCAGAUCAUUUUUUGGUUUUA